AUGCACGGUUCAGACGAAGCGAAAGCUCUUCGACGUGAGGCACUCAGCUGCGGCACUUGCGGCCCACACGCGCAGACCGCUGCCAUCGUUUCCACAAGAUUCCUCGUCCCUGCUGCAAAGUCGCCGGUUUUGCGCCACUGGCACUAUUCCACACUGCAUCGGCUCAGUAGAGCAGCCCACACCACAUCGGCACGGUUCCAGCAGCAGCGACGGCUUGGCUGACGUCAUCUAGCCUCACGACUUACUGGGCAACUUGUUCCCUUGGGCGGGGAUCGGACCCACGAGCUGGUCAGCUGGCUGGUCUGAGGGACAGAGCGCCGGAAGGACAUGACUUCCCAACAGGUGGAGCCUAACGGGCUUUCCAGUCCGACUGUCGGUGGUCGAUUGUGGCUCCAAGCGAAGACGACUGCAUGGGUCGUCGGUAGUGCCCGUUGUAUGCAAAGGUAAAGCCUGGAGCAACGAACAGUCAAAAGAGGGCAACGCUCAGAUAGGAUCUGAUCCGCCAUAGUUGUGAUAGCACUUGAUGGUAGACGCCACCCGUCAGCUAUGAAGACCAGGUCGAGGAGCCAGGGAUCAAUCCGUACCAAUGGAAGAACUAUCGUGUCAUGCAUAUUUUCUGCGUGCCCGUGUUAUACUAGACUCUCUUUG